AUGGGCGGCGCGGAGCGCAAGAAGCAUGUCCGCUUCGCCGCCGGGACGGGGGCCGGCACCGGGACGGGCCCGGGCCCGGCUCCUCGCUCCCCAGUGCCGGAGCGCGCCGAGGUGCCGGCGGCCGCCGGCCGCUGCGGCGGGGAGGGAGCGGCGCUGCGGUGGUGCAUCUCCGGGGCGCUGUGCGCCGCCUUCCUGGGGCUGGGGAUGAGCAUCGCCGUGCUGGGGCCCACCUUCCAGAACCUGGCCGAGAACGUGCGCAGGAACGUGACCGACAUCUACUUCAUCUUCGUGGGCCGCUCCCUCGGCUACCUCGGCGGGUCGGUGCUCGGCGGGGUCCUGUUCGACUGCGUCAACGCGCACCUGCUGCUGGCACUAUCCAUGCUUGGAACAACGGUUGGCCUUUAUGGCAUACCUUGGUGUAAGAAAUCCCUGCUGCUGACCGUCCUGAUGUCAGUAAUUGGAGCUUCCAUGGGAGUCCUAGACACAGGUGGCAAUGUGCUUGCACUGAACACGUGGGGGAUAGAGGCCGGACCGCACAUGCAGGCUUUGCACUUCAGUUUUGCUAUAGGUGCGUUUGUGGCUCCGAUUCUGGCUAAAAUGGCACUGGGAAGUUCCGAACCUCGAGACCUUCCAGUAGGUGAGAAGACAAACCAGUCUGUCCCGAGACCUGUGCCCACAGCGUCGGCUCCGCUAGCGCUGAGGCACCGCCUCGGUGCAGAGUUCCUGUGGUCCUAUGUUGUCAUAGGGACCUACCUCCUGUUUGUGUCCUUCUUCUUUUUUAUUUUGUAUUCAAAGAGCGGCUCAGCUCGAGACAAAUCAAAGGCUUCUGUGCAGAAAUGCAAGGUUGCCAAAUACCACUACGCCCUUAUCAUUCUCCUUUUCAUUUUCUUCUUCUGCUACGUGGGAGCGGAGGUUACUUACGGCUCCUACAUAUUUACUUAUGCAAAGGUCUUUGCUGAGAUGAAUGAAAACGAAGCUGCUGCUUUGAAUUCUGUCUUCUGGGGUGCGUUUGCUGCUUGCAGAGGAGUGGCAAUAUUUUGUGCUGCUUGCCUAUACCCCGGUACUAUGAUCCUGCUGAGUCUCCUCGGCUCCGCCGUCUCCUCCUCGUGCUUGGCGUUCUUCGCGCAGUACGCGGUUUCCCUGUGGGUUGGGACGGCUGUGUACGGAGCGUCGAUGGCCACCAUCUUCCCCAGCGGCAUUUCCUGGAUCGAGCAGUACACGGUCAUACAGGGCAAGUCGGCUUCCUUGUUCGUGGUCGGAGCCGCCCUCGGGGAGAUGUGUAUCCCCGCGGCGGUCGGGUACCUCCAGGGGCAGUUUAACCAUGUCCCCGUGGUCAUGUACACGGCCCUGGCAACCUCUGCCGUGACGGUGCUGCUGUUCCCCGUGAUGUACAAACUGGCCAACGCUCCCGGGGAGAGCGAGUCGAAAGCAAGGAGCGAGAGCGAGGACCGGAAAGCUCUGUUGUCGAAUUCAGGGCUUAACGAGGACGAAGAGGAUGAGGAGGAUGCGGGAGAGUGGAAUGAAGCGGACUUUGAGGUAAUAGAAAUGAAUGAUACGCUGAGAAACUCUGUGAUAGAGACCUCCCGUAAGAUACCGGGGGACUCUCCAGCCAAAGUCUCCCUCCAGCCACAUCCAGACGAUGUUUUGGGCGAUUCUCCAGCGGUGGCUGGCGGCUCCCCUGGGAGAAAAAAUGCAAAUUCUGACCGGGAGAAGAAUGAUUAA